UGGGUUACCCUUUCUGUCGGUGGUCCACAUUUUACACUCUUUGGUUUAGUCGACAUAAUCGAAAAUGGCGGAAUACCUGGCGUCCAUUUUCGGUACAGAGAAAGAUAAGGUGAACUGUUCUUUCUACUUUAAAAUUGGUGCCUGCCGCCAUGGUGACCGAUGCUCCAGAUUACAUAAUAAACCAACUUUCAGCCAGACCAUUGCCCUCUUGAACAUUUACCGUAACCCUCAAAACACUGCCCAGUCUGCCGAUGGUUUGCGCUGUGCUGUCAGUGAUGUGGAGAUGCAGGAGCACUAUGACGAGUUCUUUGAGGAGGUCUUCACAGAGAUGGAGGAGAAGUAUGGAGAGGUGGAGGAGAUGAACGUGUGCGAUAACCUGGGAGACCAUCUGGUCGGAAAUGUAUAUGUGAAGUUCCGUCGUGAAGAAGACGCGGAGAAGGCAGUGAUGGAUCUGAAUAACCGCUGGUUCAACGGUCAGCCCAUCCACGCCGAGCUCUCUCCCGUUACCGACUUCAGAGAAGCCUGCUGCCGCCAGUACGAGAUGGGGGAGUGCACUCGAGGAGGCUUCUGUAACUUCAUGCACCUGAAGCCCAUCUCUAGGGAGCUGAGGAGGGAGCUGUAUGGACGCCGCAGGAAGAGGGGAGGGGGGCAUCAUUCUCGCUCCCGUUCCAGGGAACGUCGUUCUCGCUCGAGGGACAGAGGAAGGGGAGGUGGAGGUGGAGGUGGACGCGACCGCGAGAGAAGGCGCUCCAGAGACCGAGAACGCUCUGGAAGAUUCUAAACAGAGCAUCUACCAAACAGCCAUCCCUCCCAUCUCCAUUAUCGCUCUCCAUCCAUCCCCACAUGCCUCUAUCCUUGCCUCCAUUGCGGCCUAUCAAUUCACCCGUGGCCCUUUCAUAUAAUUGCGUCCCAAUGACAAAUGAAUUGGAAGAUGUUGGACUUGUUUGUUUUUCUUAUCAUUUUUUUUUCAAGAAAUGGAAUGCUUUUCUUUUCAAUAAAAAAAACUAUGAUUUGUACAAA